UUUUACAAGCAGUGAAUGUACUUUUUUAAAUUGAAUUUUUUCUUUCUUUUUAGUUGGGUAGUUUUAUUCUCCCACCCUGCUGAUUUCACACCCGUCUGCACCACCGAAUUGGGUCGUAUUGCCGUUCAUGCUCCCGAAUUCGCUAAACGUAAUGCCAAAUGUUUGGCUCAUUCCGUCGAUCAAUUGAAUUCACACGUUGACUGGGUCAAUGACAUUAAAUCCUACUGUUUGGAUAUUCCCGGAGAUUUCCCCUAUCCCAUUAUUGCCGAUCCCAAUCGUGAAUUGGCUGUACAAUUCGGUAUGUUGGAUGAGGAACAAAGAAAAGAUCCCGAAGUUGGCAAAACCAUACGUGCUCUGUUCAUCAUUAGUCCCGAUCAUAAGUUGCGUCUCUCCAUGUACUAUCCCAUGUCCUGUGGUCGUAAUGUAGAUGAAAUCUUGCGUUGCAUUGACUCUUUGCAAUUGACCGAUCGUCUUAAGGUUGUGGCCACUCCCGCUAAUUGGACUCCGGGCACCAAGGUCAUGAUUGUUCCUUCCGUUACCGAUGACGAAGCCAAUAAAUUAUUCCCCAAAGGCUUUGAUAAGGUGUCUAUGCCCUCUGGCGUCAAUUAUGUCAGAACCACUGAGAACUAUUAAAAUCAGAGUGUGAUUUCUGAUUGUUUAUUGUAUUGGUUUUAGAAUCUUGUGAAAUUUUUUAUACGCUAAAUUAAUAAAUUAUGUAUUUUGAACAAAAAAACGUUA